AUGGAACGUUGUGAUGAAUGUAAUCAACCACUUGGAGGAAAUUGGUGCAAUAAUUGUGAUGCAUACAAAUUUUUAGAAGAAAGUAAAACUAUUGGCUAUCAUAAGGAACUUCAUAAAUUAAAUAAAAAUGAGAAAUUCCAAUUUAGGCGGUAUGGUAUAUGUCCGAAUUGUAAACAAUUGAAGGUCGACUAUGAAUUAUGUCAUGAUUGUGAUAAAAGUUAUAGGGAAUGUAAUAAAUGCAACCGACCAUAUAUUACUUCCGGAGAGGAAUGGUGCAAUUAUUGCGAUACUAAAAGAUUUUUGGAAGAAAGUGAAACUCUCGGAUACCAUAAGAAAUUAGAUCAAUUAUCCAAGGAAGAGAAAAUUCGGUUUAGAUUAUAUGGAAUAUGUCACGAUUGUGUACAAUUAAGAAUUGACUCCAGAUCAUGUAUUAACUGUAGACGUAAAAGAUGUGAAGAAUGCGAUACCACCAAAAACGAAACGUGGUGUGAUAAUUGUGAUGGUAAAAGGUUUUUGGAAGAAAGUGAAACUCUCGGAUAUCAAAAGAAAUUAGAUCAAUUAUCCAAGGAUGAGAAAAUUCAAUUUAAGCGAUAUGGAAUAUGUACCAAUUGUAAACAACUAAAAAUUGACCCCAGAUCAUGUGCUAACUGCAUGUACGGCAGUUGUAAUGAAUGCAAACAACCAAAUAUUUCCGAAGAGAAGUGGUGUAAUGAUUGUGAUGUUAAAAGUUUUCUAAAAGAAAGUGAAAUUGUUGGAUAUGGUAAGGAACACAAUGAUUUAUCUAGAGCAGAGAAAUUUCUAUUUAGACAAUAUGGGAUAUGUCAUGAAUGUAAGCAACUAAAUACUGACUAUGGAUCAUGUAUUGACUGUAAUAAAAGUUAUAGUAAAUGUCCAGAAUGUAAACGACCGUAUUUUUCUGAGGAAUGGUGUAAUUUUUGUGACAAUAAAAGAUUCUUGGAAGAAAGUAAAAUCAUUGGGUGUUAUAAGAAUUUAAAUGACUUGACUAAGGAUGAGAAAGUUCAUUUUAAAGAAUAUGGAAUAUGUCCCGAUUGGUCAAUGAUUCAUAAGCAAAUUGAGGAAGCAAAUAAGAUUAAUGAACUUUCAACAACGCCAUCACCAGUAUCGAUCACGAGCCUUUCUUAUGUAACGCAUCCUCGAGCAAUUUAUACAAGUAGGCUCUUGAAUGUUAAAAAUUUGCCAGAACCAAAAAAUUCAUCCGAAAUAAAUGAAACAUUCUAUUCUGGAAAGAUUAAGUGA